AAAACACGAUAUCCGAAAUCGAAAGUGAAUAUCUUGGUCCUUUACCAUUUCAAAGUCAUGCCAACUUACGAGUUGUCUGUAAUAUUGAAGGCACUGCAGCGGGUUAGUUCGUUGUUUGUAAAUUCUUAAGAUCUAAUUCUUAAGACCAAUUAACUUUAUUUAGGUUUAGCCCUUCUUUUCUUACCUGUAGACUCUAAGACUUGUUUACUCAAACUGAUAUUAUGAUUAUGAUAUUACUGACUUAUACUUAUCAUAUCAGAAGACUUUUGAGGAGAGUGAGAGUAGUCUGAGAUCUGUAGAAUAGAGUCACAGUCAUUUGACAGCCUAUCUAUGUCUCGUUUUUUUAAAGUUACCCAGUUAGAAUAUUAAUAAUAAUAAUUGGGGGUCUUUUAUAGCGCGGUACCCCAGCCUAGGGCUUGGCUCACCGCGCUGUACAUAAAAAUAUUAUCAAAACUUUUGACAAAAGAGGCAUAAUCAUGAAUAGCUUACGCCUAUUUAUUAACAUUGUUAACUAGCAUAAUUUUAAGUGUUUUGUUUUAUCAUGUUAUGAUUUACUAGCAAAUACACUAAUACACCCAGCCAGCGUUGCACAGGAUUGCAUUAGGACCCCGAUCCUGUUAAGACCCCAAUCCCAUUCUGACCACGAUCCCGGCGCAAUACCUUUUCCUGGUGUGAUCCUGUUCCCCGUGGGAUCCUGUUUUCUUGUGGCUCUGGAUCCAAGGGGAAUCCAGAUCCCGGUGGGAUCGGGAUCCCGUCGGUGUUUUGAUCCCAGUGGGAUCCCGAUGGGCUACCGUUCUCUGUGGGAUUUCGUUCCACCUAGGGACUCUCUUUUCCGAUGUUAUCCCUUUUCCCUAUAUGAUAUAUAUAGUGUGGUAAAUUUUACUUCUCAUUUGCCACAACUGUGGCUUUUUUUGCUUGGGAAAAAGGCUGACCACCUCGGCCUUGGUCUAAGAAUGAUUAUUCAAUUUCAAUAAUUAUAAUGACAAUGAUACCUUUCAGUGCUUUCAGUCUCACGAUUAACCUUCAACACAAUGUUCCUGUGUAAUAAUAGUAAUAAGCAAAGCUAUUACGCACCCCACACAUGGGCAACGAUAAAGUUUACAUUAAACGUUUAUAACCUACCAACCAAGCCGCAGUGUAAAAUCUUGAAUCUUUUUUAUUUGUAUAGCAGCACUAACAAUAUAUACUAAUACUAAUAGUAACUAAUAGCUUACAUAAGUAAAAAAAACACAAACAUGCAACUCUGGAUCCAGGCAUUUAUUUAUUUAUUCAGGCAUUUUUAUAUAGCGCUUACCUUACAGCUCUAAGCGCUUUACAAUUAUUAAAAACAAGUAAACUAUUUAAACUGCUAAAGUAAAAUAAAAAUGAAAAACCAGAGACACUAGAACAGUAACUACUAUAUUAAAAAUGACUAUAGAAACAGUAGCUUAAACAUUAAAAUGGCUUUAUAAAAACAAGUAUACUUUGGCACGUUUUGGCCUAUACUACAGGAUCAACCCGAGACAGAAAAUGAGGCAGGGCAGAGAGGGUGCAUCACAGGUCAUAGGCGGACCUAAACAGAUAGGUUUUAAGGGACUUUUUGAAAGUGGACAAGGUUUCACAAUGAUGGAUGUGGAAGGGGAGCUGGUUCCAGAACGUGGGCGCAAGGAAGUAGAAGGAGCGUUCGCCGAUGGUGUUAGUUUUGGUUCUUGGGAUUGAGAGGGUUCUAUUGUCAAUUGAGGAGCGUAGUUGUCUUGUGGGGAUGUAAGGAAGCAACAGUUCAGAGAGAUAGACAGGAAAGUGAGGGUCAGUGAACGAGUUGAAGCAUAGAUUGGCAGACUUGUACUUGAUGCCAGAGGAUAUUGGAAGCCAGUGGAGUUGCCGCAUGUGUGGUUGAAUGUGGUCAUGUUUCUUUGAUUUAAAAAUGAGUCUGCAUGCUGAGUUCCCAUGGCCCGAAAUGUGUUUCUUCAACCCUACACAGUAUCAGGAACAUAUUAUCAAAAAGCAUUUCACAAAUCCUACAUAAUUACUGACAUCUCACCACUUAUGAUGCAUUACAUCCAAUUACUGCAAUAAAAAUUACUUAUGAAUUAGUAUUGAACUACUAAGACUGAGUCAACUGAACUGAGUGAUUUUAACUACGGUAAUAAUCUCAUUGAUCACAUUUCUCACAGAAUUAUCAUGACUCGGACUGUCAUCAGUGGGACAGUCCUGAGUAUUUUAUUAAUUAUAAUAUUAUUAUUACUAGGCCUACUUGGAUAAUCUCAUCCUCAUCAUGAUUUGUGUAUUAAACUUUUAAAAUCUGUGUUUAAAAUUGUUCUUCAGCCUGAACUUGUCCAGGUGAUCAAGAGAUGUUGCACAAAUAUCUUAGACCAAGGAGGGAUCAUUCGGGGAAUGGAAAACCUUGGAUUAAAGCCUUUGCCCUACAGAAUGAGCAAUCAUGGACAAAAAUUUACAGAAGGAAAGUAAGUAUACAAAUUUUGCAUCAAGAGUUGUGAUAAAGUCGUGGCUUUGGACCAUGCAAAUUUUGGAGUGUUCCGCUCCAGGUUUUUACUUCCGGAGUUAUGCUCCACCUCCACCCUAGUUUUGAGCAUUUAGGAAAGGGUAAGAAUGGGGGCCUAUGAAAUUGGGUGGUUAGGACAAAAUUUGAGGGGGAUAGUGUGAGUCGAUUCCGAAGUUGGGUAAGAUGCACGUAAAAUGUUUAAUAUGGGGGGGGGGGGGGGGAAGGGGGGGGGGGGGAAGGGGGGGUUGGGACAUGGGUUUACGAAAAAUCAUAUUGAUCAAAUUAAAAGACAUCGUUCGUAUGAAGUUAUUUCUUUUCACAAUGCCAAAUUAGGUUGAUUUUUUUUUUUUUUUCAUAAUUACUUUUUGGAAUUUUCAGUAUUAUUUUAAAAAUGUUGAUUUUCUUUUUGACAGUUACAUUCUCAUAAAAUUUGACGGAUCUACCCAGCUGCCGGACCAAUUAAAGGACAUUUUUAAACGAGAUUUAGAUGUCAUCAGGAGGACCGUGUUUGCAGAAGAAGAAUUCGUCCCGCCAUGCUUAUCGGGUCCCUGUGAGUUUGGAGAGAUUAAAAAUCCCGAUCACGAGAAGAGGCUGUGGUGGGCUCGUGUCCAGCGGCGAAGCUUGAGGUGGGAGAGGAGAAAGGCACAGAAGAAAGCUUAGUUUGUGUUGUGGGGGGGGGGGUUGGGUUUGAUUAUGGGUGAUCAAAGUUUGACUAAUUGUGGUGUGUUAUCAUUGUUCACCUUGUUUGAGUGUGUUCAAAUUGUACACACUGUGUAUUCGCAAUGCAUACAAGUAUGUGAGCAAAUGAGAACUCUUCUGUGCUGUCUGUACUGAGUAAUAAAAACAUUUUUUUUCUAUGGUUUGAUU